AUGGAGAUUAAAAAUGAAGCCUCUAACAGUGACAAUAGUAGUGAUGGUGAAGAACUAGAUAUACAAACUAGGCAAAAAUCGUAUCAAGAUAUAUACAAACAAUGGAAUCCUUCUUUGGCAUCUGAAGGUAAGAAACUUCGUAAUGGAAAUGACUAUACAGCAAGUUCUUUUGAUCUGUCUACAUUUACUGGUCCUAGUCCAGUUCUAAAAUGGACAUCUGAGGUAAAAGCUGCAGAUCCCAACAUGUUGGAACCUUUCUCAAGAUGGGGUCGAAGCUUCAAACCGAAUACUUUGCAGGAAAAGUUGCUGGAAGCACGGUUAGAGGGCCUACAACCUUGUGCUCGAGUUUCCAAAGGUUUGUCUCAAGUCGACUAA